GCAUGCGCACACCGCCACUUCAGUAAAUGUGCGACAAGCUCGCUAAAGACUUUUGUCUCUGACUGUGGCGACAAAUGAAGACAACACCAAUACCAACAAUUCUUUCACUCACAUUUGAACUGCCGAAGAGGACAGGAUGGACGAAUAUCACAACGAGGCUUCCUUCAACGCAGAAGAAGCUGACAAUAUUGUCAAAGAGUGUAUCGAGAAUGUAGUGGGUGGUGACGACUACAACCAAAAUCUGGUGAAUAAGUGGACUUCGGCUAUAGUUGAGCGCUGCCUGACACAGCUGGUCAAACUGGGGAGGCAGUACAAGUUCAUUGUCACCUGCGCCCUGAUGCAGAAAACUGGUGCCGGGCUCCACACAGCAAACUCCUGCUACUGGGACACCACCAUGGACGGAAGUUGCACGGUGAGGUGGGAAAGCCGCACCAUGUACUGUGUGGUCAGUGUGUUUGCUGUGGCCGUCGUGUGAGGCUGCAACUGACCAAGAGAGUCCUGUCAACAGUAGGGGGCGUCUAUGUUCCACUUCUACUAACCGGCUGUGAGCUUACACCCCAAUGAGGCAGCUGUCUCCUCAUUUUAAAAAUCAUUUUUAAAGCAUGCUGCAAAUGUGUCAUUGGAAUGUUUAACAUAAUAUACGUGCCUGUGUUCGUGAGCAACUCAUCUAAUUAUUAAAAUAAUGAGCAUCUCUAA